UUUCAUCGUUUUGAUGCUAUCAUGACAAAAUAUUUUAGAUGAAUGAAAAAACCUCCUUAGGAAAAAAAAACCCUCAGAAAAGAAAAAUAAAGCGAAUAUCAGAGACUCAGAGUAGCAUCAGCAACGAUGUUGCUCAACUCCACAAUAACACCCCUCUGUAGUGUUCAUUGUCGAAUCCCCGAUCUCCCUAACGUCUUUACCAAAGCUUUACCGUACUCAACAACGCUAACUGCCCCAGGGAAAGGAUCCUUCACAUCACGCACCCUUAUCAAGGUCUCUUCAUCAUCGGAAAAUCAGGCGGCGGUCUUCGACGUUGCAUCACAACCACAUGAUGAGGGUGCGGCGGAGGAGGUUGUUAGGAGGUUCUACGAUGGAAUCAACCGCCGUGAUCUGGCGUCGGUGGAGCCCUUAAUAGCCGAGAAAUGCGUCUACGAGGACCUUAUCUUCCCUCGUCCAUUCGUUGGUCGCGAGGAAAUUUUAGGGUUCUUCAAAAGUUUCAUAGAUUCAAUAAGCAAGGACCUCCAAUUUGUUAUCGAUGACAUCUCUGCCGAGGAUUCAUCUGCUGUUGGUGUUACAUGGCAUUUAGAAUGGAAAGGUAAGGCUUUUCCCUUUAGCAAAGGUUGCAGCUUUUAUCGGCUACAAAUGGUGGAUGGCAAAAGGCAAAUACUCUAUGGACGAGACGUUGUUGAACCUGCAAUCAAACCUGGGAAGGCAGCUUUGGGUGCCAUCAGGGCUGUAACAUGGGUGUUACAACAAUUUCCUCAGCUGGCAGAUCAGCUGUGAAGAGAGCUAUGCUGAAGUCUGAAUAUUCAAUUGUAUUACAAAGGAAGAAAAGAUCGGCUAUAUUAUAUCAUAUCAUAUCAGGUAUGUUAUGUGUCCAAUGGUGAGAUAUCCAUAUUCAAUUAUCUGCCACAGAUUCUUGUAAAACUAGUCAAUCACUUAAUGAAAACCUUGUUUGUAUAAUCACAACAGAUUCAUGCUAAAUAAUCAUAUCUAAGUUAGAUCA